AUCGGACAAACACUGAAGACAGGACACAACAUUUAAAGGCAAACUAAUUAGGGCAACGAGACACACCUGGAGUAGACACAAGAGGACACAGGUGAGAGAGGGUGGGGCUAUAGGGCAGAGCAAAACAGGGGAACAUUGAAAACACUAGAAAGUUAAAAAAAAUAACCACAGACCGGCAGUAAGUCUGUUGCAGAGCACUCCGUGGAUUUCUGAAUUAUUGCUGAAGAGGCUGGUUGGGAGGAAUUGGCUUUAAAAGAACCAGGUGCCUGUGUUCAGAUGGUACCAGUACAUUUCUGGACUGGACGCAUGUUCGCUCCUCCGCUGGACUUGAGCUGAGCCCGAGCUGUGACGUCAUCCUCCCAGAAUGCCUGGCUCCCCCAGCAGAUCUCAGCAGUCCAGGCCCGAACUCGGAGAAUGAUCUUUAAAACUUGUCCCAAAAUGUCGACUUGGACACGAAAUGGAGACUGGACCGAGAGCCGUGGGGAGAACCGGUCGAUAUGUAAAGGUCUUGGUCUGCUCCUGUGACUCUUCUGCUCUGCAUCUGUUGAAGACCUGUUAAGACGAGAGCUGUUCUCAGUAAACACAUCGACCUGCUCUAACUUCUCAUCACCUCAGCCCUCUUGGGGAGMGGGGCUAUGGCACCAGCUGUAGCAGAAAACAAACUCCGGACUCUGGCUGGUCAGAUCACGGAUCUCUGCUUUAAAUUCACAGUUCUGAGUACCGGCACUGCUCUCUGAAGUUAUCAGCACACCCAGAGGGCUGCAGACUGAUGGUCCUUUGUCUGUAUUGGCUCCGGCUCUUGGCCCGAGUCAGAGUCCCCGUGCAGCUGCAGGAUCACCAGUCUUCGUCUUGUUAGACCAUGUUCCACCAGCAGGACGGUCAUCUGAAGGCUCAGCUGCAGGAGUGCCUCCCAGGCAGCAGGCAGCUUUUUCAGUGCCAGGACUGUGGGAAGCAGUACACCACUCAGCUGGAUUACCGGCGCCACCUUGUGACCACACACAGCGCUGCAGGAGGACUGCCCUGCCCGGAGGAGCCCCCCUCUCUGUUGGAGACGCUGAACGACCACAGCGACAAACCUCCUUCUUCAGAAGGCAGCACCACCGUGCCUGUCAGAGAGAGGAAGUACUCGUGCGAGCGAUGUGAUCGGCGGUUUUACACGCGGAAGGAUGUACGGCGUCAUGCUGUGGUCCACACUGGGCGCCGGGACUUCCUGUGCACCCGCUGCGCUCAACGUUUUGGCCGCAGAGACCACCUGACGCGCCACCUAAAGAAGAGUCACGCACAGGAGUCGGGGAUGAUGUCACCGCCGCCCCCUAGCACUACUGGAGCUGCUCAGACCCCCACCCCUCACUGUACGGUGAAAGAAGAGCCCGGCCUGGUGACCUCUGACCCCACCUCUGUUACUAAGGAGCCCAUGGAGUCUUURGUCAGGGAUCUGGGCCCCCCCUACUCUAAUCCAGUUUCAGGGAUGGGCCAUUCUCAAGGGCUCAUGCAGGGCUUGUUGCCUUCAGCCAUGGCGGUGGGACACCACGUGUCUACCCASUCCUCCCACCCCCAACCUUUGCAGGCCCCGGCAGCCCCCCAGCAGCAGUCCUACGGCUCUACCUCAUACUCUCGUUCCGACGUGGAGAACUUCCUGCUGGAUCUGCAGAGUGCGCCCCCUCCGCCUCAGCUGUGUGCUGUGAACACYUCUACCUCUGCCUCCCCUCAGAGGGAGGGGUUGGGUGAGGGCGACCCCCACUUGCUGUGUCGUAGCCCUGCCCUCUCCACCACAGAGCUGUCCUGCCCCACUAACAUGGAGCUGGGGCCCCUGCUCAGCUUUUUACCCUUUAGUUUACCCCCUUACAGCCCUCACAUGGGGGUGGGGGGGUUGGUGAUGAGCUACCCACCUGCUGCCUCCACUACCUCUCCUCCAUCCUCCUCCACUGGCAUCCCCUCCCAGACCCCAGGGCCCUUCUCGUUCUUCCAGCCUCCACAGGCUCACAUCCCCCAGGGUCCUGGAGUUCACAGCCAGCUACCUCAGGCGUACACGUCUGCUAUGAGCACUUCCAGCUCCCUACCUCACUAUUACCAGGCCUUUCAGCAGUGAGCCGCCCCACCCUCACCACCACCAUCACGUGCACUUAUGUGUUGGACAGAAGAAAGCAGGGGAGAAAAGAAGACGAGAACUUUGUCUUAUUGUGAAUCUGAUGUGCUAACAACAGUUCACCUCAUCAGUAUUACCUCAGAGUUUAAAAACUGACGAGCUUACGUCGAAGCUGUUUCACUUUGCAGUCUGAGUCAUCCCAGACUAAAGCCACUGGUUUUUACAGAUCCUGUUUGCGUGUUCUGACUUGUUCUGAUGGGAAACAGGUGAUGGUCCAGCUCAACUGACAUUAAAUGUGCCUUCAGUUUGAAACAGUCACCAGCAGAGCAGCCACACCACCAUACUUCCAUCACUGUGCAUUACUCUGACAUCGUUUUGUAGUUUAAAUGUCUGUAGUUUUGGUUUUACAACAUGGGAAACAAAGAUGAGGCUAUAUCUGGUACUUUCUAACAACUGUUUGAACUUUGGAGUAACCAAUUCUCAGUAAAACUGGUGGAAAUGUGUUUUUGUUUUUAUUUUUAUUUUAUUUUUGUUCGAAGUAAAAUUGUACCGACUACCUCGGAGGAGACUGGAGACUGUCCAUCUAACUACAGAGGAAAUAUGUGUGUAGAGUUUUAGUUGUGUCACAACGAACACACAGACUUUGUAGCUCUUUAGAUUUGUGUUGUUUUGUGAUGAACUCUUCUGUGAAUGGUAUCAACUGUAUAAUGAUGACUCAGCUGUCUCUCAUCAGUCUGGCCUCAGUUCCAAGGAAACUAAUCCAAGGAACUUCAAGAUUGAAAUCAUCAUUAGGAAUUAAUUCAACUUCAUUUAUGUUAAAAAAAAAACAAACUCAACUUUUAUCAUGUUUUUCUGCCUCAGACGUAAUUAACAUUUUACAACAUGGGACCAAAACCCAGCUGAACACAAGUUUGAGGCCCGGCAGACUGAAUGUAGYGACAGCAGGACAGAUACCAAGUUUUAUUUUAGUAAACAAAUGUUGAACACUGUUAUGUUACUUUUGUUCAGAUCGGAGCGAAGAAGCAGUAGAAAUACAGCAUUGACCACCGUUAACUUAGUUUGUUUUAAACAUUUAUAUGAUUGUUUAUUAGACUAGAGAACAGUAAAACAAUGACUUGUCUUUUUCUCACUGUCUGAAGAUUAACAUGAAAUAAAGAAAUGCUUAGAUUUACA